AUGUCUAUAUCUUAUGAGAGAUUUGGCAUGGAAAGGCAUUAUCCUGACAAGUGCAGCUUUGUUUCUCAUAAAAAAUAUGAAGUCACACAACAUUGUGAAUGUUCUCACAUUUAUCAUCGUUAUGGCUCUCAAUAUUCUGGCACUUUGUUGGCAUGGUUGCUUGCCUUCUCUCUCCAAAUCUACUUCUUCUCCCCAAUAUCACCAGAUUCACUUCACCUCCCUCCACCUUCCCUCCUUCCCAGAAACAACAUAUUAAAGAAAGUGAUUACAGCUACAAGAGAUGGUUGGAUCAAAAGGGUUCACACAAAGGGGAGUUGGGAAAACCGGAGGAAGGUGAACAGUGAUACAGUUUUUGGAAUUACAUUCACAAAAGAUGGUGAUCUUGUUACAUGUGAUACUGAUCAAGAGGGUUUGCUAAAGGUUAUUGAAAAUGGUGUCACAGGUUUCACAUCACAUGUUAAUGGGUCCAAAAUAAGGUUAGACUGCUUUCCACUACACAAUCUAUUACAUGUUCUUUUAUGCGAAUGUCUUGAAACGACCUACUUUAACGUGUCUCUUUGAUCGUUUUCAAACCUAAGAAGAGACCCAAUGUUCGAUGUGUGGAAUUUUUCACAUGCAAAAAGAGUUGGAAUUGUAUACAUAUGAAUAAGUAAACACAAGUAAGGAUUUCUGCACUUUAUUUUCUCUUCGCAAUCUUUUUAGAUUUUAUGAUAUUUGAAUUGAAUAAAUAAAAAUAAAAAAUAAAACAAAAAUAAAACAAAAGUGUAAAAAUUAUUAUUUAUGAACAAGCGCCUGCAAUAUUUACCGAGACGAAGAUUUACCUCGAGUUAAAAACUAGAUGAAUAAGUAAGCGGUGGUUCGAUACAACUGUGGAAAAUGACUGGAGAGAGAGAGAGAGAGCAAUGUGUUCACUUGGAAAGAAAACAUCCAUGUGCAAGCCAUGCCAAAUACAAUUAUGAUGUGACACCACCAGAACAAUACAAAUAAGGUCCUCUUGUUACAUAUUAAUUGCAAGGUGGGGCAGUUGCAUCGUGACUAAAAGAAUGAUUUAUAUGAAAUAAAUUUGUUGUUGCGUAAUAUUUUUUAUUGAAUUAAAAUGUUGUAAUAAUGGUUAAUUCGUUUCAUAUAAACUGCCUCUUAAAAUAAAACUAUUAAGUAAGGAAUCUUUUUCAUUAUAUUCGGGACCGAUUGCUACAUGUUCUACAAACAUCAUGGUUUGCUGGUUUGUAAGAUGAAUCCAUGACUGUUGCCAUCAAAGUCUGGUACCGUUUUACCUUCUGGGGAUUUCAUUUAGAUAUUUUCAUAUCUCUGAAUUCUUAUUUUUUAUUUUUUUAUAUUUUUUGGGUCUUGUUUCAUUAACUCUCUUUCAACUAAAGAGAAAUAAAAAAACAUGAUUCAAUAGAGACCAUGUUGAUGUUGAAGUGAUGACUGAUGAGUGAUGAGCCUCCCAACCCUACAACUAUUCUACCUGUAUUUUUAAUGGAGAAAGGCAUGUCGCCAAGGAAACUGGUUCAUUUCAAAUGAUUAGGUAUUUGUGAUCCUCUUUCUGAGGAAAGGAUUAUGAUUAGAGGUGUCAAAUUAAUUUAUUAAGUUGUUAAUCGGUACUUGUGAAUAUAUGUUUAAUUUGAUAUUUCUAUAAUAUAGAGAUAAGAUUGAUAGUGGUGAUGACGAUGUAAGAUAAAAUCAAACAGAAUUGGUCUUAAUGUGUAUUCAUUAACAAUCCAAUAAGUGGAUUUGUCACAUGUGAUUGUUGGACCAAGGUUUGUAUUGUUGCCUUUUGGAAAUAAGACAUGUCAUUUGAGAAGAGGUGUAUCAAUGCCUAUAAAUAUACCAACAAGUCACCCACUUCAUAUUAUUCAAAUUUUUUUUUCUCAUCCAUGGGUUAUAUUGUGAUAUAUUAUUGUUCUAAGAAUUUCCGCCUGACACCGUUUAGGUCCCGCUUAGGCGUUAGGCAGUUGGUCACCAUCUCGAUUAAUCACUAGGUGUUUGAAAAUUAAGAAAUGGAGCCUCAACCUCUUUAGGU